UCUCACAAACUCUUUCUCCUGCACUUCUUUUCAACUGAGUGAAAGAAUAACAAACAAUCUCUUAAAUCUGAAGAUUUUCUAUCAGGAAAAAAAUAGGAAUUACGUUAAGUUUAAAUCCAAAGAAUGACGAGUCACGAUCAGCUGAAAGACCGGCUUUUGGAGCACGAGAACUGUCCAGGUUGUAAAGUGGAUCGACAAAAACGAAUACAAACCGGGCUACCUCUCAAACAACUCAUUUUUAUAUGGGUCCUGAUGUUAUGUGUUGCGCUACCAAUAACGUCCCUCUUUCCAUUUCUUUAUUUCAUGAUGAGGGAUUUUAAAAUUGCAGAGAAAGUGGAAGACAUUAGCUACUAUGCUGGUUUUGUAGGGUCUGCAUAUAUGAUAGGGAGAGCACUCACAUCUGUCUUAUGGGGACUAUGUGCUGAUCGAUAUGGUCGUAAACCAGUUAUUCUUAUUGGAACCUCAACUGUGGUUAUUUUCAACACACUUUUCGGUUUUAGUGUCAACUAUUGGAUGGCUAUCACUACAAGGUUUCUUCUUGGCUCUUUAAAUGGACUACUUGGACCUAUAAGGGCAUAUGCAUGUGAACUUUUCCGUGAGGAAUAUCAAGCUUUAGGAUUGACAUCAAUUAGUACAUCUUGGGGGAUAGGAAUGAUCAUUGGUCCAGCUUUGGGAGGUUUCCUUGCACAGCCUGCAGAGAAAUUUCCAAGUCUAGUAUCUUCAGAUUCUUUAUUAGGGAGAUUUCCUUACUUACUGCCUUGCCUUACCAUCUCUACUUUUGCACUUUUUGUGACCUUUGGUGCAAUUUGGCUUCCGGAAACGUUGCACUUUCACAAAAAAACUGAGGUGGAGUCUACUUCAUAUGUACCUGAUGCCGAAGAAAAUACAAAUGCGAAAAAAGAUUCUAAUUUGAUAAGCCUCUUUAAGAACUGGCCUUUAAUGUCUUCUAUCAUUGUCUAUUGUGUUUUUGCUCUCGAGGAUAUGGCUUACUCGGAGAUUUUCUCAUUAUGGGCUGUUAGCCCGAGGAGUUUGGGGGGACUUAGUUAUACUACUGAGGAUGUUGGCACAGUCCUAUCUAUCACAGGGGUGAGCCUUCUCUUUUUUCAAACCGCAUUAUAUCCAAUGGCAGAGAGAAUAUUUGGGCCCAUAAUGGUAGUUCGCAUGUCAGGAGUUUUGUCUAUACCUCUACUCGCAAGUUAUCCGUACAUAGCGAUGCUAUCUGGCUUCAUGCUCUUCUUCACAUUAAGUUGUGUUUCGAUUGUGAUUAAUAUUUUCACGGUGUCCAUCACAACUGGGACCUUAAUGCUGCAAAAUAAAGCUGUGGAACAACGCCAAAGAGGUGCAGCCAAUGGUAUUGCCAUGACUUUUAUGUCAAUUUGUAAAGCAGUUGGUCCUGCAUGCGGGGGUGCACUUUUAUCAUGGUCUCAGAAGAGACUUAAUGCAGCAUUCCUUCCAGGCGACCAAAUUGUAUUUUUGCUCUUGAAUGUGAUUGAGGCAAUUGGAGUUCUGUUGACGUUCAAACCGUUUUUGAUUACAAACCAUUACUAGUUGGGACAUGGGAGGGCUCAAGUCACUCGACCCGUACGAGUUAAGAUCCUUUCGUUUUUGUGUAAUAAAACUGUAGUCCCUCGGUCGGUCGCAAUUCAUUCAUGGACAUACACUAAUGUUAAUACAAGUUGCUUGUAACAUUGAAAGGGCCUUUAGCUUAUUGUUGUAUUGAUUUUGUCUAGUUUUUGGGCAUG